AAGAUGCAAGUAUAUAAAAAGAAAACCCCAAAGAGAGAAGGAGAGAAACAAUGCAGGUAUAUAAAAAGAAAACCCCAAAGAGAGAAAGGAGAGAAACAAUGCAGAUUUCUAUUAAGACGGUAGAGGGAAAAAGCAUAAACCUAGAGGUGGAGGAUAGCUCCAAGCCCAUCGACCUCAAGAUCUAUGGACCCACCCGUCAACUGGUUCUAGGUUUGAAUCCCGAUGCCUAUCCAACUCAGGACGCAGUCAUGCGGAUUUUUGUAUCGACUAUAAAGGAGAAAACAUUCAUCCUGCAAGUGAAGGGGUCCGAUACCAUUAAAAAAGUCAAGACCAUGAUCCAUGAUCAGGGUGGCUUACCGGUGGACCAGCUGAAUCUUAACUUUCUUGGCACCACGCUUGAAAACAGUCGCACCGUAGCUUACUACAACAUCAAGCCGGACUCCAAUCUUGUCAUUGUGCAACGUGGUUGCAUCUGCUAAACG